AUGGCUGUCCUUCACUCCACCAUCCGUUCCUGGCUUGCGUUUCCUGGCCCUCAGAGCAUCAGCCGCAUCCAGGGGACUUUUGUCCGUCACCUCACCAGUGUCUUUGGCUCAGGCCAGGUCCUGCUUCUGGACAAGGUCUGGAACUUCUACCGCCUUGCGCGCACUGCUUUGCUUGGAGCGUCGCUCAUCAUUCCCUCGGUGCCUGAUGCUGUCAUCAAGGCUGCCGCUGGCAAGCUGACCGCCUUUAUGCUUGAGCUGCUGCCCCUCCUCGACGCUGCUGGUCCACCUGCCUCUCCCACUGCAGUGCAGCAAUGGGCCUUGGACGAUCUGGACUACCAUCUUCCAUUUCGCCAACAUGCUCCAGAGACCAUCAGCGCGCGCGCUCCAGGCUCCUUUGCCCACCCCGCCAUCAUCCACUCCCCAGGUGCGCUUGCCAGCCUCUGGUUUGCGCGUGGUGUCACCUACCGUGCUCCCUUCUCCCGGGACUAUCGUGCUGGGAGACUCUUUCCUGACUUUGCUGCCUGGGAGGCAAAGCGUGCAGCUGUGGUCGCAGAGAAGGGCCUGGCGGAUGGCGAGGACGGCAAGUACUUCUGCGACAUCACUGCCUAUGGUGCUCCCUCCCAUGGCCGGAAGGAGGAGAACUUCAAGGUGUAUUUUGAGAAGGAGGCAGAGUGGAGGGCGCACUUCCCUAAAGGUCAGCCUGUUCCCUAUGUGACUGCGCAAGCCUGGAUGUGUAAACACCUCCCUGGAGUUGGCAAACUCACCUCAGCGCUGUGCGCAUCUGACUUGGUCUACUCAGGCCUUGUUGAGAUGCCGGGUGUUGAGGAAAUGGGGAACAUGGUGUGCAGCAUUGGGGCUGGAGCGGUCAAGGGUCUGGUGGCCCUUGGACUGGUGCAGGGUAAGGGGCCUUCUUCAAAGGUUUUCCCUAUUUUCUGCCGCCUUUAUCGUGCACUUGAUUCUUCUUUGGAUGCUGAGCAGAAGGCCAAGAUGGACUUUGACGUCAUUAUGUUUGAGCACCUUCUGUGCAAGUACCAUCGUGUUCAGAAACUUUAG